AUGAAGACCCCCUGCGACGCUUCCUCUCCUUUGCGUCGUCGUCAAAACAACGACCACCACCACCACCACAAAAAUGACGACGACCAUUUUAACAGAAAGAACAACGAGAACAACUUUGAGGCGGACGACUGUUUCGACGGAGACAGAAUUUCCUCGCGAAGUGCGCAGAAACACUUGGAAAUUACGCACGAGAUUUCGAAAAUUUUAGAGUGCGAUUUGGACCGGGAGACGUUAGCGGUGUGCAUCUCUAUGCUCCAAAACGGCGUGGAACCGGAAAGUUUAGCGUUAGUGGUGAAAGAGUUGAAGAGAGAGGCGAAGAGGUUAAGAGAGAGCAGGGAGAGAGCGAUUGGAGGAGGAGGAGGAGGAAUGCGAUUAUGA